GCGUUGAAUUUUUGAACCGAGCAGACGUGUGUCGCGGACGCUUUGAGUAAAAACGCGGUCUACGUACAGUGCAACCAUUUUGCUUAUAUAUCUAUCAGUGUAUAUGUGUGUAUGUGUAUAUGCCAAAGCAAAAUAAAAUUGCAAAAACAACAAUAACAAAAUCAACAGCAAAAAUAUAUUGUACAAGUUUGUGAAAACUUCUAGUGUUUGUGCUUUUCAGCAGCAACAACAACAACCACAACAUCAUCGACAACGCCGUCGCGGUGAAUUUUUUUAACAGCGCGCCGCCUGCUGUUUUAUACGAUUGUGUGUGUUUGAGAGAGUGAGCGUGUUUGUGUGUGUGUGUACGCGUUAGUGUGAAUGCGCUGUCUGUGUUUGUUUCUGCCUGACAAUUUGCCGCUAAACACAAAAGCAGCUGAAGGCAGCAAAAGAAGCAGACAGAAAACCAGCUGACGACGACAAAACGAAACACACACAUAGUAAAACAAAGUCAACGAUCGAUUUCGCGUGUGUAAAUGUGUGUGUUGUGCGAGAAGACCGAAGUAAAACAAAAGCAUUGAACAAACACUAAGCAAAAUAAAUAAUUUGCAAAACCAAAGCAGAGCACAGAAGAGAGUGGAAGUGAAAAAACAAAAACACGUGUCCUGUUUUUAAAAAAAAAAAAAAGGAAUUUAAAAUUGGAAAUUGAGUGCGCGCAAUUUGCGACAACAACAACAAACACACACAAUAUAUAUAAAAAAUGUCUUCUUUAUCGCUGCCCAUCAAAACGGAGGAAGUGAUUUUGGAAAACGCCGAAUACAACAGCGCCGAGGAAUUGGAUGAAGAGUUACAAUUACAACUGGAAGAUUCAGGCGGAGAAAAUACCUAUCACAUUGAGUAUACCACCGAGCCGUCGCAUCAGGUUACAACAAGCUCGCAGCGUCGUCAAUCGAAUAUGAGCGGAUCGAAUACAACAAAAGGCGGAGGGCAGGACGGCGGAGGAGAUAUAUUAGGGGAUGGGGGUAGCUCGCCGAACGGUAAACCCAUUCUAGACACCGAAAAGCGUAUGAGACGUGAAAUCGCCAAUAGCAAUGAGCGUCGACGCAUGCAGAGCAUCAAUGCCGGUUUUCAGAGUUUACGUUCUCUCUUGCCGCGACACGAGGGCGAAAAGUUGAGCAAGGCGGCUAUACUGCAACAGACGUUUCAAUAUAUUGUGGAUCUGGAGAAUCAGAAGACACAGAUGCUGACACAGAAUAGCGAACUGAAGCGUCAAGUGGGCGAACAUGGGGCAAAUGGAGGUGACAACAACAGCAAUGUCAACGAAUCGAGCAACAACAACAACAGUGGCAACAACAACAACAGCGGUACAAGUGCUGUGGCAAUUAAGAAGCGCAAGUUGACGGACAACGUCAUCAAUAUGCAAACGAUCAGCGACAGCUCCGACGAAGGUCUGGGCUCAAUGUCCCCCGAACCGAUGACCCUGUUGUCGGGCGGCCAAGGGGGCGUGGCAGCGACAGCGGCCGCAGUCACAAAAUUGAGCAAUGCGAGCAUUAUUGCCGCCAAGGAGAUGCUUGAGAUGAAGAAGCAGCUGGAGAAGGAACGCAGUCUGAGGCGUUUACUUGAGGAUGAGCUGCAAAUGAUUAAGCGACAACUCUACAGUGUUGCCACAGCGCCACCCGGUACCGCUGUCGCAGCAGCGGCAAACAGCGGCAACAGCGCCUACAUUCCACGCGAGGUUAUCGAGCACACGGACAACUUUGUGCGUGCCGAGGAGCUGGAGGAUUUGGGUGGCACCGUCUCCUAUGUGGAAAUCGACGAGAUGACCGGACAACAGCAGGUGGUUGUCUGUUCCAGCAUUGAGGAACUGGAAUCGGAUGCAGCAGCGGAGAUAAUAACCGAGGAUCAGGUGCAUGAGGAGGUUAUACUAUCGUCGAAUAGCUCGACAGAAUCGGAGAAUGAGGUGAAUGUGAAUGCGAUUGCCAAAGCCUAUGCCGAGGGCAUGAGCACGCCCAUAUUGCAGGCGGCAAUUAAGGCCACGCCCAAAGUUGAGGUGGAGCGGAUCAAUGAGAAAAUUGUCAAGGUCAAGACGGAGAAACUGGAUCAGCCUACGAUGAUUAGCAGUGGCACGGCGGUAUUUACACGUUCCCGCCAAAAUCUCGAAACAAUUGUGGAGGCCAUACGCCAUCUGGAGGGUGAUCAUCUGUUUGCGGAUGGCGAUCAGCAGCACAAACUGCAGCAGCAUUACCAACAACAGCAACACCAUCAGCAGCAGCAGCACCACCACCACCAGCAACAACAACAGCACCAGCAGCAGCAGCAUCAUCAACAGCAGUCGCAUCAUCAAUUGAUAGCCACGAAUCAUGCAGGCGGAGGAGGAGGUGGGGUACAUCGAUUGGCACAGGAUGCACCAUUGGCAUUGACAACGGGUAAACAGCAUGCGGCACUCGCCGAACUGCGUCCAUUUCUGCAGCUGAAGGGCAACAAGCAGGUGAUUAUAACGGCCAAGGCGGCCAAGGAUAUGGGCAGCUGCAGUGCGACCGUUACGCCCACAGCCAUUUUCAAAGUGCAGACAAGCAAUGCGACGUCGUCAUCCGGUGGCACGAGUCAUCAUUUGAGCAGCGGCAGUCAUCCAGUUACCAUAACAACAUCUCUCAAGCAAUGUCGUCCCGGUGUCAUUGUUGCCAAACAGCUGCCGUCAUCCUGAUUGCCCACCAGCAUCAGCAGCAACAACAACAGCAGCAGCGCCUCCUCUCUACUCAUUGAAACAGCAACAACACGAGCUAGUAUUAAAGGCGUUCGUAAUAACAUUACAGUAACAGCAGCAGCAGCAGUAGCAACAGCAGCAACUCCUAAUCCUUUAACUAACAAGCGACGAACCAAUGUUAAGCAACAACAUUGCGCUAACAGAGCUGUUAGGCGACGCUGAGCGAGCUCUCUUUAACAGAGAUCGUGCUGACUGUUAAAAAUAAAAGCUGCUCGAACUGUUACCAAAAUAAAAAUGGCAAUUGUAUAAAAUGCGUUAGCAACUUUGUGCAGUUAACUACUAAAAUUUGAAUGAAUUUUCUAUUUUGUUUACCAAAAAAAAAAAAAAUACAGUUUCAGCACAUUUUCCAUUUUUUGCAAAAACAAAACAACAGAAGUCAUAGCCACUGUAAUUAAUAAUGCAAAACAUAAACAAAACAAAAGAAAAGAAAUGAGAAGCAAA